AUGGCGCAAGGAUCAUCCAUUCGUAAGCUCAACUCGAUCAACAUUGCUAUAGCUAUGCUCUUCCGUCAGCUACUGACCCUCUCCUCCACUCUCUCGGUCUCACUUGCACAGGGCUUCUAUGCACGACCGGCAAAGACGGCAGAUGGAUCGCUUGAUCUCAUGAACUGGGAAGUCGGCAUUCCCGGCAAGCCGAAUACAAUGUGGGAAGGUGGCCUCUACAAACUCAAAAUGAUCUUCCCAGAAGAAUACCCGAGCAAACCACCCAAGUGCAAGUUCACACCACCGCUCUUUCACCCCAACGUCUUCCCCUCCGGCACCGUCUGUCUCAGCAUCUUGGACGAGGACAAAGGCUGGAAGCCCGCCAUCACCAUCAAGCAGAUCUUGUUGGGCAUUCAGGAUCUGCUCAACGAUCCCAACCCCAGCGACCCGGCUCAGAGCGAGGCGUUCACCAUGUUCCAGAAGGACUUGACGGCGUACGAGAGGAGAGUGAGGCAGCAGGCGAGGGAGAUGGCUACUGCUGCGUGA